AUGACAGCACUGCAGCCGUUUAGUGACGAACAAUUAAAUUUCUUUAAGUUCUCGUCCUUAGUGUUAAAUGAAUUCCCCAAAGCCUUACGGCAGACCUUUAAAACCAUGUGGGACAACACCUAUGGACAUCGCCCUGGUUUCCAGCUCUGGGAUGAUUCCACUACUGUCAGAAAAAUGUUUGACUCUGAAGAAGCAAAAAGUGGCAAGAAGACUAAAGUUCCUGUUCUUCAGUCCUACAACGAAUGGGAUUGUACCAACCUGUUCCAGGCUACUAUAUUUGCGCGUUCCUUUGCCCAACCAGCCAGUACAGGCCCCUUCACCACACUAAGUGAUUUGUAUGUGAAGCCCCGUGCAGUACCUUAUGGUAGUUAUCACGCAUGUGUGGUCAGCCCCGGUGGAAACAUGGUGGAGACCUUUGCGCUUGCGAUUGAUCAGCUUCGUCUUCUUAGAAAUUCGCUCUGUCACUCUACCAGUUCUGAGAUGGACAAAGCCACGUUCGACCAGCGGGUGAAUUAUGCCAGAGACGCGUUUCAAGCCCUUGGUGUCCCGACAGCCUCAAUUGACGCACUUGGUAGUUUGACGGAGUCAGACUUUCCCACAAAUAAAGUUCGUAAAUUGGAAGCAAGAAUCCGAGACGAGACGCGAGCGUACAUCAAAUGUCUUGAGGAAGUGAGCUCAGACGUCAGUGAGCUAAAAGCUUUAUUAAAUUCCAUAAAGCAGACAAAAGAAGAAGAUACUGCAAAUAUCGUUUUAAUGUUAGAACAAAAGAUAAACGCAUUAAGAGAAGCACAAGAUCAACGUGAUGCAACGAACACGCAACAGUACACCAUGAUUCUUGAGAGUGUAAGUUCACAUAUUAGCGAUUUAAGAAACAUGUCAUCGGCCAUGAAACAAGCGGCAGACAACACUGCUACAAAACACAACAUCGCCAUGUUAAAAGCACAAGAAGGUUUAGAGAGUGUGAGUGCAGACAUCGAUGUUUUAAAGGAAAAAGUCGAAGUGAAUACUGCUAGCAAAGAAGACAUCACUAGGUUGGAAAAAAAGAUCGAGGAGUUAAAAGUAGUACAAAACGAACGUUAUUAUCAACCUAACAAUUCAGGUAAGAAAGAUUGAAUAAAUAAAGAUAGAUUUUUUUUUCAGGCUUUCUUUUCGCAACUGCAAAAGUUGCGUAUAUAACUGCGAUGAUCUUCCUUCAUAUAAUUCUUCACUCCGCAGUUCACAUAUAUGAUUUUCAUGUAUUCAUAACUUCAUCGUCAUCCUUUCACGGGUUUAUAACGAAACAAUUCAACCACCUGCUCCCAGUUGGCUUGUUAGCUUAAUUGGUAGAGCGCUGCAUCGGUAUCGAAGAGGGUUCGAAUCCCGUACGAGCCUGAAUUUUUUUCCAGGCUUUCUUUGCGCAACUGCAAAAACUGCGUAUAUAACUGCGAUGAUCUUCAUUCAUAUAAUAAAGAUUGAAUAAUCGCCUAUACUCGAAACUUGAAACACUGAAAAUUUUGGACCAGUCUCAGAAACCGGUCAGUAUCGGUUUGGGCAAAUUAAAUGUCGUGCAAAUUUCAAGAUCGGUAAAUUCAGUUCGGACUCACAUAUAUAUACAAUUAUACAAUAACUCAUCCCCAUUUAACGAGAAAUAUCCACGAAAGCCUGUGUAUGCAACUGAUAUCAAAUAUUUUCCGCUUUGAACUAGCCUGCGCCACAGACGAAACUAAACUCUGGUUAAGUCCGUCUGCGAAUCAGCGCCGAAAUCCUUUUUCAGGUCCCCCACCUUUGCUCCCAGAUUUGAGUACGAGCCACGAAUGGCCUGUUUAAAAAGCCAUUAUUAUCACUACACUAGGCCAAAUGAUAAACUGUCCUCUCUAAAACGCUCCUUUUCACGGGCCAAACAGCAAAUUGCAGGUUGUCAAUGGAAUUUGCAGCCCGCAAUAUGCUUUCAUGUCAAACAAUCACAAAUAAACUAUAUGCCCUCCAAAAGUCAUGUGAUUGUUCUGUUAGGGCCGUUUAUACCAGAGAAAAUAAUCCGCGGCUUACAUAAGACGCGAAGGGAACCAUUUAUACGAGUACAGCUUACAUAAGACGCAAACUACUCUUAUAAAUGGUUCACGGCUUAGUACUCGGCCAAACCGGUCCAAUGAUGACGUAGAUUGUUUUGGUGCCUCGUGUAAUUUGCAGCAAUGGCUCGAGCGAGCAAAAUUGGUCAGGAAAAUCGCCAUAUUUUACUCGGUCUUUUUCGUUUCAAAUUAACAUUUCCGAUAAGAUAAGUGCCGGGCUGUUGCGAAACUUGUGUGGAAACCUCCACGAAAAAUUUGUCAGCGAUCAAUCGAGUGGUUUGAAAGAGAUAUUCCAGCGAAUGAUAAGGUAGAGUUAAGACGAAAUUUCUGGCUCUCUCGUGGAGCAGGUUAUUUUCCCGCCACUGCAGCGUGUGUCUCUCGGCCGUGAAGCUCUGGAAUAUAAUUGAAAACAGAGCAUGCGCAGCAAUCGUUCAUGGCUGCAGCAAACAGCGGACAACGUUUCAGUCGAUUUAUACGAGUACGUUCUCGUCUGCGGUAAGUCUAGCCCAAAACUCCUCGGCCGGGAUAAGCCGCGGCUUGAACUGGCCGUGGGUUGAAUAAGCCGUGAACGUAGAUUUUGUACCGUUUAUAUGGGGUGUUGGCGUCUUAUAUAAGCCGCGGCCAGAGUAAACAGCUGCUUAUUUUCUCUAGUAUAAACGGCCCUAUUGUCGAUUUGCCAAUCAAUAUGAAAGGAAUGUAACGCAUUUCCGGUAACUCGUUGAAUUCGUUGAGGGCCCAGAACAAGGAUCUUGGGGACGCUGCUUCGCAGACUUUACCAACUGCGGUUUAUCAUAUUUAGGCGUUUGCGACGAAGGCUCCUUGGAACUUAUGACCGGGAAAACGGGACCAGAAAGGUCGUGUACCAUUUACUUUCCAACCGGAACAUUCGAAUCGAUCCAAUAACAUUUUGUAAAUUAUAAUAACCACUCGAAGAAGUUUCAGACUACCUUGUUCUUAGAUUCUCUCGUCUUUCCCUCUCCUAACAGUAAGAAAACGCGAAAACGAUUGGAAAGGGCGAAUGACCAAUGUAUACUUAGCAGCAUUCAGGUUGUUAAGAAACAGUAAAUAAUCUAAGUCAUGGAGAGUUAAACUUUGAUCAGAGCUUUUUUAUGUGUGAAAAGGGAAAACAUCUUUUUCUAUAGAGAAACGGCCUUUGGCUAUAACCUUUUUUUAACGGCCUCCAGAUUCCUGGAGCAUCAGUUUUUGUAUGGGUAAAUUAACAGAGUUUAUUGACUGAAAGAAUUUAAUUUCUAUCUUUUAUUACUUGUUAAAGUGACAACCCCUUUUAAUAAAGUUCAACUAUAUAUAUUUUUGCGUAUGAUACCUCAUUAUUUUAACUUUCCUUCUUUCACCAUGUAUGCUAGACAUAAAGCCAAUAAGAGCCCCUCUUCCCUCAAUGGUUCCUAAUUUCACUGGGCGACAGAGCGAGGUCGAAGAGAUCAUCGGACACGUAACUUCCGAAUCUACCCGACUGGUGUCGAUCUGGGGUUCACCUGGAUUCGGAAAAACAUCAGUUACAAUUGCAGUGGGACACGCGCUCCAGUCUCAAGGGCUAACCGUCUAUUGGGUCUCAUUACGGGGACUUCAGUCAAAAGCAGAUCUGACUUCAAAGUUUCUUCGCCUUUUAAGGCAACCAACCAUCAAUAAUCAACCGUCCGAUCAGCGUCUGUCCCCUGACGAUGAAAUUUCUCAGCUAUUCAGCGAAAUAUCAAAACAGUCUGUAUUUAUUCUUGAUAAUGCCGAUGAUUUGUUAGAAAGUGGUUGCCAAAAAGUGAAGAAAGAGGUCAUGCAACUUCUUGAAGAAAUACUUAGGCAAAACCCAAGGGUGACAUUCAUUGUAACCACGAGAGAGUCUCUUGAGUUUAUGAACAACCAUUUUCAAGGCCAUCAAGGCGUGAGAAUAAGAACAUUGGAUAAAGCCUCUACACAAUCUCUAAUUCAUGAGUUACUUCCAAUUGCAAGCGCUGCGGAUUGCACAGAAGUCGCGCAUAUCUGCGGACAUGUUCCUUUGGCCAUAAAAUUAAUGUGUUCUUUGAUUUCUGAAGAUAAUUCUUUACCAAGCCAAAUUAUAGAUGAUUUCAAGGUGUUCUCUACAGAAAGUAUAGGGAGCAUGUUGGACAUUUUUGACUCCUAUUUCCAGAGACUUACUGCACUAGAACAAGAAGCACUAAUUUCUUUUAGCAUUCUCCCUGAGAACUUUACUACUGAGGUCGCUGCGGCCGUUUUAGGCACCAAAAGUGGUUUUGAAGCCAUAACGAUGUUACAAAACCUUCGGAGGAAGUCACUGAUUGAUUCAGGCUCUAAACCAAGGACUUUCACAAUGCACAAACUAUUGCAAUCAUCUUCGAGAGAGAAAGGAGACACUGACAUGAAAGAGGCGAUUCUCAACGCAAAGGGUCGUUUGAAUGCAUUCUAUGUCUCGUACUUUGAUAAACUAAAUAAAGAAUUUCUAACCGGGCAUUCCAUGGAUGCAUAUAUUGCAUUUUAUGAAGAUAAGGAGAGCAUUAUUGAAAGCCUAGUAGAGGGAUGUCUUGACUCCAAAACAGCUGACACUGUCUUUGACAUAUUGGUCAAAGGAGAGUUGUUUCUUGACUCGCUGUUUUGGACCGAAAGUGAAGGGAAAAACUUUGAUGACAUAUACGAUGCCGCCAUAAAAGCAGCCAACCUGCAUGGAACUGAAAAAUACCACAGGCAACUACUUAUUUCCAAAGCUUUCGCUAAAGCAACCUGGGGAAAAAAAGGAAAGACGAAUCAGCUUCUCUCUGAAGUGAAAGUUCUGCAAGCAGCAUCGUGCCUUGUUUCUAAUCAGGAAAAAGGCAAAUGCUUGUGCUAUUCAGGAAUCUGUUACCUUACUGCAGAAGAAACGAAGAGUGGAGUCCACUGCCUACAGGAGGCGCUUUCAUCACUGGAGACUUGCAACAACCAAGAGUCGUUAUUUCUAAAGUUUCUUAUUCUUCAGAUCCUCGUCUGUUAUUAUCAGUCCCUAAAUGACUUCUACAAUGCAAGCUACUGCUAUGACAAAUCACUACAUCUGUCCUCUGCAGUAGGAGAUUGCAAGCUGCUUAUUAUUCCGCCGAUGAAAAGCAAAGCACAAAAAACUACCAAUAAAAUGCAUUUUGAAAAGGACUCAAACAUUUUGCUGAAUCAACCUUUCGAAUUCCAAUUUGUCUGUCUCUUAAGUGAAGCUACAGAGUUUUUCGCUGACACUAAAAUCAAACAAAAUACAAACCACUUGGUUCUUCAAAUGUUAGAGUGUGUCGAAAAAGACGUUACACCUUCAACUGGUUUGCUAACUUUUCACACAGCUGUGGUAGAGCUGCUCUGGAAUUUGAAUAGUGAAGACCCUGAAAAACUAUUUAGGUCAAGAAUAAAUUAUCAUGAAAAAAAACUCAAGCAAAGCCAAGAAACUUUCCCCACAAGUCACGACUUUGGCGGUUAUGGUCAAAUACAAAUUAAAGCGCUUGUGGACUGCUACUUAAACCUGGGUAUAGUUUACAACAACAGAGGAAUAUAUUCCGAAGCUCUUCAGUCAUGCAAGCGAGCGCUAAACACAGCAACAAGUUCCUUUGAAAAAGAACAUAAAAGGACUGCUGACAGCUACAGGCAACUCGGUGUAACACAAAACAACAUGCAUGACUGCAGCGCAGCUCUACAAUCUCACCAGCAUGCAUUAGACAUUCGUACUAAACUAUUUGGAGAGGAACAUGAAAGCACUGCUGACAGCUACAGGCAACUCGGUGUAAUACAUUACAACAUGCAUAACUACAGCGCAGCUCUACGAUCUCACCAGCAUGCACUAGCUAUCCGUAUUAAACUAUUUGGAAAGGAACAUGAAAGCACUGCUGACAGCUACAGGCAACUCGGUGUAACACAAAACAAAAUGCAUGACUAUAGCGCAGCUCUACUAUCUCACCAGCAUGCACUAGCUAUCGGUAUUGAACUAUUUGGAGAGAAACAUAAAAGCAUUGCUGAAAGCUACAGGCAACUCGGUAUCACACAAUUCAACAUGCAUGACUACAACGCAGCUCUAAAAUCACUCGAACAUGAAUUAGCUAUCCGUGUUAAACUAUUUGGAGAAGAACAUGAAAGCACUGCUGACAGCUACAGGCAACUCGGUGUAAUACAAAACCAAAUGCAUGAUUACAGCGCAGCUCUACAAUCUCACCAGCGAGCAUUGGCUGUCCGUGUUAAACUAUUUGGAGAAGAACAUGAAAGCACUGCUGACAGCUACAGGCAACUCGGUGUAACACAAUUCAACAUGCAUGACUACAACGCAGCUCUAAAAUCACUCGAACAUGAAUUAGCUAUCCGUGUUAAACUAUUUGGAGAAGAACAUGAAAGCACUGCUGACAGCUACAGGCAACUCGGUGUAAUACAAAACCAAAUGCAUGAUUACAGCGCAGCUCUACAAUCUCACCAGCGAGCAUUGGCUGUCCGUGUUAAACUAUUUGGAGAAGAACAUGAAAGCACUGCUGACAGCUACAGGCAACUCGGUGUAACACAAUUCAACAUGCAUGACUACAACGCAGCUCUAAAAUCACUCGAACAUGAAUUAGCUAUCCGUGUUAAACUAUUUGGAGAAGAACAUGAAAGCACUGCUGACAGCUACAGGCAACUCGGUGUAAUACAAAACCAAAUGCAUGAUUACAGCGCAGCUCUACAAUCUCACCAGCGAGCAUUGGCUGUCCGUGUUAAACUAUUUGGAGAAGAACAUGAAAGCACUGCUGACAGCUACAGGCAACUCGGUGUAACACAAUUCAACAUGCAUGACUACAACGCAGCUCUAAAAUCACUCGAACAUGAAUUAGCUAUCCGUGUUAAACUAUUUGGAGAAGAACAUGAAAGCACUGCUGACAGCUACAGGCAACUCGGUGUAAUACAAAACCAAAUGCAUGAUUACAGCGCAGCUCUACAAUCUCACCAGCGAGCAUUGGCUGUCCGUGUUAAACUAUUUGGAGAAGAACAUGAAAGCACUGCUGACAGCUACAGGCAACUCGGUGUAACACAAUUCAACAUGCAUGACUACAACGCAGCUCUAAAAUCACUCGAACAUGAAUUAGCUAUCCGUGUUAAACUAUUUGGAGAAGAACAUGAAAGCACUGCUGACAGCUACAGGCAACUCGGUGUAAUACAAAACCAAAUGCAUGAUUACAGCGCAGCUCUACAAUCUCACCAGCGAGCAUUGGCUGUCCGUGUUAAACUAUUUGGAGAAGAACAUGAAAGCACUGCUGACAGCUACAGGCAACUCGGUGUAACACAAUUCAACAUGCAUGACUACAACGCAGCUCUAAAAUCACUCGAACAUGAAUUAGCUAUCCGUGUUAAACUAUUUGGAGAAGAACAUGAAAGCACUGCUGACAGCUACAGGCAACUCGGUGUAAUACAAAACCAAAUGCAUGAUUACAGCGCAGCUCUACAAUCUCACCAGCGAGCAUUGGCUGUCCGUGUUAAACUAUUUGGAGAAGAACAUGAAAGCACUGCUGACAGCUACAGGCAACUCGGUGUAACACAAUUCAACAUGCAUGACUACAACGCAGCUCUAAAAUCACUCGAACAUGAAUUAGCUAUCCGUGUUAAACUAUUUGGAGAAGAACAUGAAAGCACUGCUGACAGCUACAGGCAACUCGGUGUAAUACAAAACCAAAUGCAUGAUUACAGCGCAGCUCUACAAUCUCACCAGCGAGCAUUGGCUGUCCGUGUUAAACUAUUUGGAGAAGAACAUGAAAGCACUGCUGACAGCUACAGGCAACUCGGUGUAACACAAUUCAACAUGCAUGACUACAACGCAGCUCUAAAAUCACUCGAACAUGAAUUAGCUAUCCGUGUUAAACUAUUUGGAGAAGAACAUGAAAGCACUGCUGACAGCUACAGGCAACUCGGUGUAAUACAAAACCAAAUGCAUGAUUACAGCGCAGCUCUACAAUCUCACCAGCGAGCAUUGGCUGUCCGUGUUAAACUAUUUGGAGAAGAACAUGAAAGCACUGCUGACAGCUACAGGCAACUCGGUGUAAUACAAAACCAAAUGCAUGAUUACAGCGCAGCUCUACAAUCUCACCAGCGAGCAUUGGCUGUCCGUGUUAAACUAUUUGGAGAAGAACAUGAAAGCACUGCUGACAGCUACAGGCAACUCGGUGUAACACAAUUCAACAUGCAUGACUACAACGCAGCUCUAAAAUCACUCGAACAUGAAUUAGCUAUCCGUGUUAAACUAUUUGGAGAGGAACAUGAAAGCACUGCUGAAAGCUACAGGCGACUCGGUGUAACACAAUUCAACAUGCAUGACUACAGCGCAGCUCUACAAUCUGAGCAGCGUGCAUUAGAUAUCCACCGUAAGCUGUUUGGAGAGGAACAUGAAAGCACUGCUGACAGCUACAGGCAACUCGGUGUAACACAAUACAACAUGCAUGACUACAGCGCAGCUCUACAAUCUCACCAGCGGGCAUUAGCUAUCCGUAUUAAACUAUUUGGAGAGGAACAUGAAAGCACUGCUGACAGCUACAGGCAACUCGGUGUAAUACAACACAACAUGCAUGACUACAACGCAGCUCUACAAUCUGAGCAGCAUGUACUAGCUAUCCGUAUUAAACUAUUUGGAGAGGAACAUGAAAGCACUGCUGACAGCUACAAGCAACUUGGUGUAAUACAACACAACAUGCAUGACUACAACACAGCUCUACAAUCUGAGCAGCAUGUACUAGCUAUCCGUAUUAAACUAUUUGGAGAGGAACAUGAAAGCACUGCUGACAGCUACAGGGAACUCGGUAUAACACAAUACAACAUGCAUGACUACAGUGCAGCUCUACAAUCUCACCAGCGGGCAUUAGCUAUCCGUCUUAAACUGUUUGGGGAAGAACAUGCAAAAACCGCUGAUAGCUACAGGCAAGUCAAGAUCACUCAAGACGUCCAGCGAAAGUUUAGAGAA